ACCUCUGACCCCCAUUUUACUUGUAUUUCAUGUGAAGUUUCCACCUGAAAACGAACUACCUUCUCUCGUCCUUCCGAUCCUUUGUUCAAAGAGGAAGCCUCAAAGGUGCUUCGACGUGAAUUGCUCCUUGGAACCACCCUACCUUCUUCCAGCCCAUGCUCCCCAUCUACCACCAAUUCAUCCCACAGACUAAAGUACCCUUUUCGCGUUCUCAACAACCGCCCUGCCUGCCCUGUGACUUUUGAGCGAGAGCUCCAUGACCACCUGGUACAUCAAUAGUCACCUGCCUUCCCUCACGAAAGGCGCCUCCGCUGACUAAGAAACCUCCGAGCCCAAUGAUUUGUUCAGUGUUCACAUGGCAGUAAUGAGUUCAUACCUCGCCCGAACAAACACACACGACAACUCCAGGGCUAUCAGAUCAGCUUCCUCCCCUUCUUGCCAACAUCACUCCCCUCUCCAUGAUUAGCCAUGUCCAUCUUCAACUCGGUACUCGGCUCCCUGUCUCCUCCUAGAUUUCGGAACUCCUUUGAAGAUCCGCACGCACGCGACCAUGAGCUACCACUUUACAACUCCCCACCUUCUCCACGUGUACCACCUCCGGUAACCUCAUCAGUGCUAUGGAGUAUGCCCAAAUCAAGCUUAUCGCCUCCACCUCGCGUCCCCGACGGUUUAUUAGCGCUGCAACGACGAGCGCGACACCUCGAACAGCAGCUUCAAGAGCUUCUCGACGCGCAAGCAGAUGCUUUGAUGGGUGCUUUGAGUGGGAAAGACACGAUACCGGAGGAUCUGGUGUCGAAUGGUAGUACCACGCCGACAGUCAGCAGUGUCAGAUCCACGGACAGAAGCGCCGAGAAUGGAAACAACGAGUACAUGCCUAGAAAGCAGAAGGUGGGUCUUAAUGCUGCGAGGCUGGGCAUAUCGAGACGGAUAAGGCGACUGGCAAGCGUCAGAGCUGAGGAGCUGGAUCUGCUAGACGAAGACUUGAGGAACCUGCAACUCACACUGGAAAAUACUGAAGCUUGGAGCCAGAAGCGCUUGCGCCUGGAGAAUAAGAUAAAAGACAUCGAGGGUGAGAGCGUUGGCGCAAGGGCUCAAACUCUACAGAUCGAGGCAUCCAAGUUGGAGCAGGAGAUACGGCAGAAGGAGGAGGAGCUGUGGGCUCUCAAAAGGCGGCAUCGACGGAUCUUGGAUGAGCUGGCAGAUACCGAGAAUUCUGUAGAAGCGAAGCUAUCUUCCUACAAGACAUCAUUAUCGCUUUUGGACAGAGAGAUUUCGAGCUUCCUGGCACGACCCCCGAACGCGAACCACGUAUCACUAUCGUCAUCUCCCUUCCUUUCCCUCCCCGCGAAACGAAGGACGCUUGAAAUGGCACGCGAGUACUGGCAAGACGAAUACACAAGAUUGGCCGAGAAGUGUGAAGAGGUCGACACGGAUCGUAGUGCACUCGACGAAGGUGCCUUCAUGUGGAACGAUGUGGUGAAGAAGGUGGCAGAUUACGAAACAAGUCUUCAAAGUUACAUGCAACAAGCAGGACGGCGUGACUCCCCAGAUUCUUCAAAACUACUAGAGCAGAUGGAAUCAACGAUCAGAUAUCUUGAGGAGAAGUCGGACCUUGCUUCUUCUAGAAGUUGGAACCUGCUUGUAUGUGCUAUUGGAGCGGAGCUAGAAGCCUUCAAGCAAGGCAAGGAGGUCCUAGAAGAAGCUCUUGGAAUGAGGCGAAAGGGCAAGGAGAAAGCUGUUGAGACACUAUUGGACCACGAUGACUUUCAUUCGGCGCCAAAUGAGGAGAUGACAGGAUCUGCGAUCAGAAUAGGCCGCUCUCCGCCCAAAUCUGUUCCGCCUAAGCAGCACUUGUUUGAUACUGACGAUGAGGAUCCUGACCCAGAGCUUAUGAUAUCACAUCAAGAUACCGAUACAGACUAGAAGACUACUAGCUUUCCAUUGUAAAUUAUUGUAUGUCUCAGUAGGAUAGAUUAUCAAUGCUGGGAUGCGAGAUGUGCUAUUAGCCUAAUUCUCGUCGUGUAGCGUAGUCGAAUACAUGCGACUCAUUGUACCAU